AUGGCUGUGGAAAAUCUCUCUUAUUCCAUCGUCGGUCUUGGGAACCCGUUGCUCGACAUUUUAGCCGAUGUCACGCCUGAAUUCCUUACUAAAUACGGUUUAAAACUUGAUAAUGCCAUUUUGGCAGAUGAGAGCCAUAGGUCCAUGUUUAAAGAGCUUGAGAAAUUUCAAUCUGUCUUUGUAGCUGGUGGAGCGACACAAAAUAGUAUUCGAAUAGCUCAAUGGAUGCUGAAUAAAUACAAUACAAAUGCUACUUCUUUCUUUGGUAGUAUUGGUAAAGACGUACACGGAGAGAAGCUCAAAGAAUGUGCAUUAAGUGAUGGAGUAAAUGUGUCAUACCUCGAGCAUACGGGUAUUAAGACGGGUACAUGUGCUGUCUGUGUCGUUGAUUCGGAACGCUCUCUCGUGGCGGAUUUAUCAGCUGCUAAUCACUUUCAUCAUGACCAUUUGACCAAGUCGGAGAGUCAAGAGAUUAUCUCGAAAGGACGGAUUUUUUACUCGGCUGGUUUUCAUCUUACAGUCUCCCCUCCUGCCGUCAUGACACUUGCUGAACAUGCCAAGGCCAAUAACAAGAUCUUCCUGCUGAACCUCUCGGCUCCUUUUAUUAUCGAGCUUUUUAAAGACCCUUUAAUGGCAGCGAUUCAUUCUGCUGACUUUGUCUUUGGCAAUGAAAGUGAAGCCAAGACACUUGGCAACGUGCAGGGAUGGGGUGACAAUGUCCAGGAGAUUGCACUCAAGACAGCGCAGCUUGAGAAAGCCAAUGAGUCUCGCUCGCGAACCGUUGUCUUUACCCAAGGUGCCGACCCUACCGUUGUCGUACAUCAGGGCAAGAUCCACACCUUUGACGUGCCAAAGAUGGAUACGUCGUCUAUUGUUGACACCAACGGUGCCGGCGAUGCUUUCGUCGGAGGAUUCCUCUCCCGUCUGGCUCUGGGUUUGCCUCUCGAACAGUGUGUAAACGCUGGCCACUGGGCUGCUCAAGUCGUGUUGACUCGCUCGGGCUGCACGUUUCCGGAGAACUGCACUUAUCAGGAGUAA